AUGGCCUGCUUUUUGGUGAGAAACAUGAACCCAAGCGGCACCUGCCCCACAGCGCAUCAUAAUGGCCUACCACCUGACUGCACGCCACCUUCUGGACCUGAGCCGGAGCAGAAUAGAACAUGUUUAAGUGUCCAACUUUACUACGUGGAGAAGGAUGAUGGGGGAGAGCAGUGUGUGCUCACAUACCCGCCCGGCGAUUACGUAGCGGAGGAGCUUUGUAUCCUCGCGGCGAAAACUUGUGGUAUUGCACCGUUAUACUUCAACUUAUUCAGCCUGAUGAGGGAAAGUGACCAAAUGUGGUUUCCAGCCAAUCACGUCUUCAAACUGAACCCGGAGACCAACGAGCGCUUAGAUUUCAGAAUCAGGUAUUACUUUCCUGGCUGGUACAACAGUGGCAGUUCCUCAUAUGCUCACCGCUGCGGGCUUAACAAGGGCAUGGAGAGUCCUGUGAUGGAUGAAUGCGUCAUGGCGUAUCAAUUUUUCCAGUGGCGGAGUGACUUUCUUAAUGAUAGGGUUGUUAUUCCAAUGGGUCACGAAGCCCAGGAGGAAUGUUUGGGUAUGGCGGUACUGGACAUGAUGCGUUUGGCGAAAGAAAGUGGCCAGUCACCCGUGGGCAUCUAUAACGACACCAGCUACAAAUCCUUCCUGCCGAGCUGCAUGCGAAGUCGAAUCCAGCAGUACAACAUCUUAACUCGCAAGCGCAUCCGAUUCCGGUUCAAGAGGUUCAUCCAGCAGUUUACCGAGUUAAAAGCCACGGUGUGUAAACUUCGCCUCAAGUAUCUGAUGAGCUUGGAGAUCCUGCUUCCGUCGCUCUACUCGGAGCGCUUCCACCUCACGGACCUGUCCGCGCGUGAUGUUACCAUUGUCGUCAUGGGCAACAAGGGCAUCCAGUGGUCAAAAGGGAAAACGGAAGGAGCUGAUGAGGAGCUGCAGACAUACUGUGAUUUCCAAGAGGUGAUCGACAUCAGCGUUAAGCAGGCCAAUAAGCAAGGCUCAGCCGAGAGUCGCAUAGUUACUCUCACGAGACAAGACCACCAGAUUCUGGAGCUGCAAUUCCAUUCUCUCUCCGAAGCACUGUCUUUUGUAUCGUUAGUGGACGGAUACUACAGACUCGUCGCGGACGCUCAUCAUUAUCUUUGCAAAGAAGUUGCCCCUCCCAGGCUUCUGGAAGGCAUUCAGAGCCACUGUCAUGGCCCUCUGUCGAUGGAGUUCACGGUCGCUAAGCUACGUCGCGCCGGCAACCGCCAAGGCUUGUACAUGCUGCGCCGUAGCCCCAGAGACUACGACAAGCUCUUUAUGUCCUUCGUGGUGGGGUAUGAUCCUCUGGCAGACUACAAGCACUGUCAGAUUGUGAGGAGCGAGUCAGGAGAGUACGUUCUGAGCGGUGCCAAGAGAAGCUUCGGGACGCUCGGGGAACUUCUCGCCUGCUACCACAAGGAGGCGCUUCGCACCGACGGAUACACGUUCCAGUUGACAAAGUGCUGCCCGCCCAGCUCCAAACACAAAUCCAAUCUGCUGGUGUGUCGAAAUAACCAAGGGCCAGAGGUUCUUCUGUCUCCCUCGCUACAAAAAAGCAUCAGCCAGAUGGUUUUCCACAAGAUUCGAAAAGAGGACCUCAUCAUCAAUGAGAGUCUGGGCCAGGGUACGUUCACCAAGCUCUUCUCCGGCGUGAGGAAGGAGCUCGGAGACUAUGGAGAGAUUCAUCAGAUCGACGUGGUUCUCAAAAUUCUGGACAAGGCUCAUCGCACUUACUCGGAGUCAUUCUUUGAAGCAGCUAGCAUGAUGAGCCAGCUCUCCCACAAGCACUUGCUUCUCAACUAUGGCGUGUGCGUUUGUGGAGAUGAGAACAUUAUGGUUCAAGAAUACGGUAAAUUUGGCUCUCUGGACACGUAUUUGAAAAAGAACAAAAGUAGCAUCAACAUCACGUGGAAGUUGGAGGUAGCCAAGCAGCUAGCUUGGGCUAUGCAUUACCUGGAGGACAAGAAUAUAGUCCACGGGAAUGUUUGUGCUAAGAACGUUCUGGUGAUCCGAAAGGAGGACCGGAAGACGGGAAGUCUGCCUUUCAUCAAGCUUAGCGACCCUGGCAUCGGUAUCACCGUAUUGCCCAAAGAAGUUCUGGUGGAGCGGAUCCCGUGGGUGCCCCCCGAAUGCAUCGAAAGUCAGCAAAAUCUGAGUUUGGCCGCGGACAAGUGGGGCUUUGGUACCACUCUGUGGGAGAUCUGCAGCGGUGGAGAUAAACCACUCUGUGCCCUGGACUGCUGCAAGAAGCUAAUGUUCUACGAGGACAGACACCAGUUGCCAGCUCCCAAAUGGACCGAGCUGGCCAAUCUGAUUAACAGCUGUAUGGACUACGAGCCUUCACUCCGACCCUCUUUCAGAGCGGUCAUCCGAGACCUGAAUAGUCUCUUCACGCCGGAUUACGAGCUGCUGGUGGAGAGCGACAUGGUGCCUGCCAAAACGCGAGGCUUUGGCUUCCCGUGGGCCUCCGAGUGCCGAGAACCUGCUCAGUUUGAGGAGCGACACCUCAUCUUCCUCAAACAGCUGGGCAAAGGGAAUUUCGGCAGCGUGGAGAUGUGCCGCUACGACCCUCUGCAGGAUAGCACAGGGGAGGUGGUGGCGGUAAAGAAACUCCAGCACAGCACUGCCGAGCACAUCAGAGACUUUGAGCGUGAGAUCGAGAUCCUCAAGUCUCUCCAUCACGAGAACAUUGUCAAAUAUAAAGGAGUGUGCUACAGCGCAGGCCGGAAGAACCUACGCCUGAUCAUGGAGUAUCUUCCCUAUGGCAGUUUGAGGGAUUAUCUCCUCAAAAACAAAGUCCACUUUAAUUUCAAGAAGCUGCUUCUUUACUCGCUGCAGAUUUGCAAGGGUAUGGACUACCUGGCCACAAAGCGCUACAUCCACAGAGACCUGGCCACUCGAAAUAUUCUAGUUGAGAGCGACACGCAGGUCAAGAUCGGGGACUUUGGCCUGACCAAAGUGCUCCCCCAAGACAAAGAGUACUACACCGUAAGGGAGCCUGGAGAAAGCCCCAUUUUUUGGUAUUCUCCAGAGUCACUCACGGAAAGCAAGUUUUCCGUGGCGUCAGAUGUUUGGAGUUUUGGCGUGGUCCUAUAUGAACUUUUUACCUACUGUGACAAAGGCAACAGCCCACCCGCGGUGUUUAUGGAGCAGAUGGGAAAUGAUAAACAAGGACAGAUGAUUGUUUAUCAUUUGAUCGACCUGCUGAAACAAGGCUAUCGCUUACCUGUGCCUGAAAAUUGCCCGAAAGAGAUGCACCAGAUGAUGAGCGAGUGCUGGAGCGGUGAGCCGGGAGAGAGGCCCACUUUCAAAAUGCUGAUCCACAGUGUGGAGAUGGCCCGAGACAACUUGGACACAUGAGGUGUAUUGACAGAUACGAUUUCCUAUCACACCAAGGCAACUCGCAAAAGAUGUGGGGACUUUUUGAAACACUACGCCUGAUUCCAAAAAAACAUUCUCGAUUGCCUUGGUUUUUGUACAUUUAUUAUAUAUAUUUUUUAAGCAGUUCUUUUUUUAAUAUAUGUUUAUAUAUAUAUUGUAUGUUUAUAUGUGUUUGUAUCAUACCUCUGCAUUUAUAUGUUGACUUUUUUUUAUACUGUGCUUAAACUUGAGUUAUAGUUUUAAUCAACUUUCAUGACACGAUCAAAUGUACAACUCCACCUGACCUGUUUGGUCAAGGCAAAAUAGUACAGAGAAUCCAGAAUACAUUUAUUUGUGGUUAUUAUUCGCAAUAACUCUUCACAAGUAUGUUCUCAUUUAGAAUUCAAGAAGGAAUAGAAUUUAAUCGCGUGUUUGAAGAAAAAACGUUUGGGAUUGCUGAUGCUCUAAGUCGAUCAAGGGUUUGUAAAUAUUUUUUUUAUAUGAAGACUUUGAAUUAUAGAAGUCACAUUGCAGUCUGUUGAUAUGUUUUGAAAUCGUUUGUAUAAAAGAGCAUCGGAGGCAAUUCACAGCAGCCGUUUUGAUGACAGAGAUGUACAUUUACAUGUGAGAAAAAAACAUUUUGAUAAAAACGUUUUACUAUUCAAAUUGAAUAAAAGUCAUUCCUGGUAUUAUA